AUGAUUUGUAUUGGAAAUUCAAAGAAAGAGAAGAUGAAGAUAAAAAUAAGUAGUAAAGAAGACAAUGAGAAAUAUUCAAUUAGAACAAACCCAAAUAUCAUUAUAAUUGAAGGAGGAUAUGCAUAUGAAUUUGAGUUAUUCAUUACAAUCAAAUGUAUAACUAAAAUCAACGAUAAAAUAAUGAUAAUUAGUAAAACACUUAAUAAAGCACAAGAAGAAACAAUCAAAAGUAUUUCUAUUGAAGGAGAAACAGAAAUAUCAACACAACUUGAUCCUGAUGAAAUAAAAGAAGAAAAGAAAAUAGGAGAAGGAAUAUUUGGAAUUGUUUAUGUUGGAGAAUUUAGAGGAAAUAAAGUAGCAAUUAAGAAAAUGAAACAAGUUGAAGAAAGUGAAGAUAAAAAGAAAGAAUUUGAGAAAGAAGUAGCAAUGUUAGAUAAAUUUCAAGAUGAAUAUAUCAUUCAAUUUUAUGGAGGAGUAUUUAUUCCUAAUAAAAUAUGUAUGGUAACGGAAUUUGCAGAAUAUGGAUCAAUACAAAAUAUAAUGAAUAAAAGAAAAAUUACAGAAAUAUCAAAGAAAAUAAGAAUCAAAUUUAUGAUAGAUGGAGCAAAAUGA